AUGGCGCAGUCAACAUCGCUUCAACUUGUUUGGCUCGAUGCCAAUAUUGAUAGAGAUAUAAAUAGAGAAUUUUGGACGAAAAUCCUUGAAAUUUAUCCUGAUGCAAUGAAAUUUGAUGACCAAGAUGAAUGUUUACGAUUUUUAGGAUACGGUGCAGAUGAUCCAAGGCGAUUUAUCUUAAUUUUGAGCGGUAUUAUAGCUGAAAAAUUAGUGCCUGAUAUACAACGGUGCGAAAAUAUCUUGUCCAUUUAUGUUUAUUGUGCAAACAUAUUCAAGCAUGAGGGGUGGUCAAGGCAAUAUGAAAAAGUCACCGUCCUUACUUCAGCUGAAGAAGUGUUGAGAGGAAUCAAGUCCGAUCAAAACCGUUUUCGGUAG